UGAGCAAAGAGUGUCCAGUUAUGGGAGGAAACGACUCGUACGCUGACAUCGAUAGACAGCUGAAGAAGACGGUGGAGGACCUGAACGAGGCUCGAGCCACCAAGGAGGAGAUCGCACAGAGAUGUCACGAGCUGGACAUGCAGGCUUUCCAUGUACAGGAGCAGCGAGAUAGACUGAGGUUAGAGUAUAUUGAACUAGAGGAGAGGGUAAAUAACAUUUUUAUUCCUAAUUUCUCUCAGUCCUUGUCGUUUGGCGUGUGAAUUGAAAGCCCUGGAUUUGAAGUGUGCUCUCUGCUUCUAUAACAGCAUCUCCUGUUUGAAAUCCAGGCUCCUUUGACUGUGUCUGCCUCCCUAAUGGCACCCUUAAUGGCACCCUAUUCACUAUGUAGUACACUACUAUUGACCAGAGCUCUAUGGGAUGCCUUAUGGGACCCUGAUCAAAAGUAGUGCACUCUAUAGGGAGCAGUGUGCCAUUGGGGACACAGCCUGUGUGGCGUAUUAGUCAGCUGUCCUGUCAUGCCCACCUCAGUUCUGUGUCUCACCAAGAACCACCCACCCUGCCCGUCCAGACUAAUUAUCCUCCCCCUCCCCAUGUUGACUUCCUAGUGUGUUACCAAGACGUCCCAGUGGUAGGAAGUGCUUGGGUGCUUGGUUUUUGGUCUUGGCAGCAGUGUUCUGUCUCACCAUUUUACAUUAACAUUUGACUCAUUUAGUAGACAUUCUUAUCCAGAGCGACUUACAGGAGCAAUUAGGGUUACGUUCCUUGCUAAAGGGGACGUUAACAUAUUUCACCCAGUUUGCUCAGGGAUUCAAACCAGCGACCUUUCGGUUACUGGCCCAACGCUCUUAACCUCUAGCCUAGA